CCUCCCCAGCUCUGCUGUGCCCAGCUCAGCCUGGGAACCGUCCACUGCUGGGAGGUCAGACACAUGGUGGGGGUCUCGGUCCAUCAUCCCCCCCCCAACACACCCCAUGCGGCUGAUCCCUGCUUCACUCAGCCAUAGGGAUCCCCCACUCCACGCCAUAGGGAUCUUCCGCUCCACGCCAUAGGGAUCCCCCGCUCCACGCCAUAGGACGCAGGAUUUUGUGUGGGAAAUACAAAGAUGGGUCGCAGACGAUGGAUCCACCUCCCGGAGGUACUUCUCUACACGGAGGGCGGGGAUGACCAUGACCGCCAACAAAAAUGCCAUCCUCUGUCGGGCCGCCGGUGGAUGUAGAAUCCCGCGCAGCGCUCUGGGACGGUCUCAGUCGGUGUCCCCUCCUCCGGUUUUGUCUCCGGUCUGCACCCCUUCAUAUCCGCUCAGUGACGGCGAGGAGUUCUUCCAGUCCAACCGGCUUCCCAGCAUCCCCAGCAACAAGCUGGUCAUCAAAGACUGGACCCUGCGGGGUUCCAGCGUGCGUGACCACCGCCUGAGCCCCCCGGAGAACGACCCUUCCAACCACCUCCAGAAAUCGGUCAGCGUCGCCUGCCUGGACAAAAGACUUUCCGUGUUCAAGGGCCCCAAGCAAAAGGAUGAUGCCCAGGUGGUGGGGAAGGAAGGAGACGUGAUCGGCAACUGCCAGCUCAACCGCAGCACGCUUUCCCUGGGAUCCGCCGCCAAUCAGCGCAACCGGCCCCACAACCGUGCCACGGUGCACUCGCAGGUGCUGGACAUUCGGCGUAAGAUCUCAGAAUGGGAGUGCAGAAGGGACCCUUCGCCCAGGCUCAGCCUCUUCAUGGACAAAGGAGACCAGGGCGAGCGCUCUACCAGUGAAGGAUGCCCCAGCAUGCUGGCGUCGCCAUGCAGUGAAAAGACUUUCGAUUUCAAAGGAUAUCGGAGAAUGAGCAGAACAUUUUCUGACUGUUCUUACCCCGAAACAGAGGAGGAGACCUCAGAGCGCGACUCUCUUCAGAGUUUCGAGAGGCGGUCGAGUAGAUCAGAGCCUGCCAAUGCCUUCGUCCGGGGUCAUGCCAGGAAGGAGUCCUCGGCCGUCCUCAACCGGAUCCACAAGAUCGAGCAGGCGCUGAAGGCCAACCCGGGCAUGGGACUUCCUCAGCUGCCCAGCAGUUGCUUCAGCGUUGACCUGGGCCGGAAACGGUCCAUCACCUCCGGUACUUUAGAGAGCCCGAGCGACAAACCCGAGAAUGUAAAUAUUGUAAAUGAACAAGAACAUUUGAACGAUAAAAAUGCAAAAAAUAAGCCGGGGACGACCGCGAUCUCAGGCGGCUCCACUUCGGCUCCUGAGGGCCCCGCCAACGAGGUCAACCCGGUCCCCAAGCCGAAACGGACAUUUGAGUAUGAAGCGGACAAAAGCCAUCGGAAUAACCCGAAUAAUGGUCUACCUCCUUCCUCGUCACCGGUCUCCCCGCCCCCUCUACCGUCUACACCGGCACCUCCCGUUACUAGGAGGACAAAAAAGGAGCACCGGAAAUCCCAAAACCGAAAAUCUCUGGAGAUUGAAGAUGCGUCCAGCGUCCAGUCGUUGGGUUCCCCGUCUCCGGUACAGAACGGUACAGAGAAGCAGCACCGAUCCGGUUCCAAAAGCACUUUAGAAGAGAACGCCUAUGAAGACAUAGUGGGCGAAUCUCCCAAGGAGAACCCCUACGAGGAUGUGGACCUGAAGGGGCGACACCGCAAGUCCCAGCUGUCCCCCGACGGCCCCGCCGACCCGGCCAACAGGAUGUGGAGGACGCCAGACAGGAAGUACACCACUCCGACCCAGAUCACAUCAAAGUCGGGCCCGAGUUCCUUGCGCGUUGGGAGCUCCUCUGAGAGGAAGGGACACCGCGUAACCCGCCUGCCGAAAAGGCACAGUCACGACGACAUGUUGCUGCUGGCCCAGCUGACAAUCCCCCCCUCCCCCUCCAGCCUGAACGAGGACAGCCUGAGCACCGCCAGUGGGCUCCUGACCUCGCGCCGGGCCCGCAGGAUCCCUAAGCUCGUCCAGAGGAUCAACUCCAUCUACAGCGCCAAGAGAGGGAAGAAACGUCUGAAGAAACUUUCCAUGUCCAACAUUGAGACCGCCUCCCUGCGAGAUGACAACAGCGAGACCGAAAGUGACUCCGACGACCGCUUCAAAGCUCACACACAGCGAUUGGUCCACAUCCAGUCCAUGCUGAACAGAGCGCCCAGCUACCGGACGCUGGAGCUGGAGCUGAUCGAGUGGCAGGAGCGCGAGCUCUUCGAGUAUUUUGUGGUCGUCUCCAUGAAGAAGAAACCUUCCAAGAACAACUACGUCCCCGAAGUCUCCUACCAGUUCCCCAAGCUAGAGAGGCCCACGAAGCAGAUGCGGGAGGCGGAGGAACGUCUGAAGGCCAUCCCCCAAUUCUGCUUCCCUGACGCUCGGGAUUGGACGCCGGUAUCGGAGUAUAACAGUGAGACUUUCUCCUUCAUGCUGACGGGUGAAGAUGGCAGCCGGAGGUUCGGAUAUUGUCGCCGCCUACUGCCCAGCGGGAAGGGGCCGCGGCUCCCCGAGGUGUACUGCGUCAUCAGCCGGCUGGGAUGCUUCGAUCUUUUCUCCAAGAUCCUGGACGAGGUGGAGAGGCGGAGGGGGAUCUCGGCGGCUCUGGUCUAUCCCUUUAUGCGAAGUCUGAUGGAAUCUCCGUUUCCGGCUCCCGGGAAAACGAUCCGAGUGAAGACGUUUCUGCCGGGUCACGGCAAUGAGGUCAUCGAGCUGCGCCGGCCCAUGGACUCCCGCCUGGAGCACGUCGACUUUGAAUGUCUCUUCACGUGUCUCAGCGUCCGACAGAUCAUCCGGAUAUUCGCCUCGCUGCUCCUGGAGAGGCGGGUCAUCUUCGUGGCGGACAAGCUGAGCACCCUGUCCAGCUGCUCUCAUGCCGUGGUGGCCCUCCUGUACCCAUUCUCAUGGCAGCACACCUUCAUCCCUGUCCUGCCCUCCUCCAUGAUCGACAUCGUCUGCUGCCCAACCCCCUUCCUGGUUGGUCUCUUGUCCAGCUCGCUGCCCAAACUAAAGGAGCUGCCCGUGGAAGAGGCACUGAUGGUGAAUCUCGGCUCGGAUCGGUUUAUUAGACAGAUGGAUGACGAGGACGCUCUGUUACCCCGGAAGCUGCAGGCGGCUCUGGAACAAGCGCUGGAGAGGAAGAGCGAGCUGAUUGGUCAGGACUCAGACAGCGAUACCGAUGAAGAGUACAACACGCUGAACGGUCUGGUUUCGGAAGUCUUCAUCCGCUUCUUUGUGGAAACGAUCGGCCAUUACUCCCUGUUCCUCGCACAGAACGAGCGGGGGGAGCGAGUCUUCCAGAGAGAGGCUUUCCGCAAGUCCGUCGCCUCCAAAAGUAUCCGCCGCUUCCUGGAGGUGUUCAUGGAAUCUCAGAUGUUCGCCGGUUUCAUCCAAGACCGCGAGCUGCGGAAAUGCCGGGCGAAAGGACUGUUUGAGCAGAGGGUGGAGCAAUAUCUGGAGGAGCUUCCGGAACACGAGCAGAGCGGAGUGAACAAGUUCUGGAGAGGUCUGGGGAACAAGAUGAAAUUCCUCCACAAGAAGAACUGACCCGCCUCCUGCUGUCACUCCGCCUUUAUUUAUAACCUGUGAUCCCCUCCGAGCCCCGAGCCCCUCCUCAGAGGACAGAUCUGAUUGGUGGGGGUGGGAAAUGACGUGACCCCGGAUCGGACGCUCGGAGGGACACCAGACUGUCUCAUUGGGAAUCACCACUUAUAUAUAUUUGUAAAUAUUCUGCUGUUUUUUUUUUUUUUUUUUUGUAAUUUUUGUUUUUAAUGAUGCGGCGAAAUCCUGUGGUAAAUCCGCGUUUUCAGAAAAGCGGACAAUUCUGUUGCGUGAAUUGAUGUGUCGGUGAAGACACGGUGUAUGAAUACUGUACAAAUGGCGAGGACGCGAUUUUACGUUUUUUUUUUUUACGGUCGGUAAACCGUUCUGCACUACGAUUGUUCUGAUGAAGAUGACGGGAUGGAGUCGGCCCCCCGCGCUGCAGAGGAUUAGGUACAGCCGAUUGUAGCGUGCGCGUGUCUAAUAAACGCUGUAAAAUCA